AUGGAGGUGGUGCUGCAUGCCGGCGACGCCGAGGACUGGGUCUACAAGGGAGAGGGCGCGGCGAAUCUCAUCCUCAGCUACACGGGCUCCUCGCCCUCCAUGCUUGGCAAGGUACUGCGGGCCAAGAAGGUCCUAAAUGACAAGGCACAACCAGCACCAAACUGCGUAAACUUCUCAAGCUACGAGCAGCUCGUGUGGGGUGACAUCCCAGAAUUGAUCGAGUCUGUCAAGCAAGGUUCUGUGGCACAAGCUUAUGCAGUACAUGUCAUGAGCCAACAUCUGGGGCACGAUCAUGUUGAUGGCGGGGUUCGUGUCUCUGUGUCUAAGGAUUUUCUGGAGAUUGUUGGAAAGAAUGUGCUCAGCGCCCGUCCUGCUUGGCGAGUGAAUGCAAGCGCAAUUGACACCAAUGCUGAUUCUGCCCUUCUAAUUUCUGACCACUCCUUAUUUUCUGGAAAACCUAGAGGUAGCAGCUGUAUUGCAGUGGAGAUAAAGGCCAAAUGUGGGUUUCUUCCAUCAUCAGAAUAUAUAUCAAAGGAAAAUGCUAUUAAGAAACAAGUAACACGGUACAAGAUGCAUCAACACCUCAAAUUUCAUCAGGGGCAGAUAUCGAAGACAAGUGAAUAUGACCCCCUUGAUCUAUUCUCUGGGUCAAAAGAAAGAAUACGCACGGCCAUCAAGUCAUUUUUCUCGACUCCUCAGAACAACUUCAGGAUUUUUGUAAAUGGCUCCUUAGGUUUUGGUGGCAUGGGAGGUGGUGCUGAUAAGGUCCUUGCUAAUGAAACUGAGAAGUGUCUUGAAGAUCUGAGGAAGGUUAGUGGGCUACAACUGUCUGACUUUAUUGAACUCUUGUCAGAGGCAAUAUCUAAAUCUGGAGUAUUGGAUAAACUUUUGGCCACUCAAAAACUGGAUGAUCAUGACAUCGAAGGGGCAAUUCAUUUGUAUUACAACAUCAUCUCUCAGCCUUGUUUGGUCUGCAAAAAUAUAACUGAUGCUGAGCUAUUGCACAAGUACUCUGUGUUGCAUUCUCUUCCUUUGGACAAGAGCUGUAAGAUUGUGAGGGACUUUCUCAUUUCUGCUACUGCAAAGGACUGUAGCCUCAUGAUGUGCUUCCGGCCAAGAGAGUGUGAAAGAACAGAUUCCGAGUAUGAUUCAGUUUUUCUCCAGUCAGUGAACCGAGCCUAUGAUUACAAGGCAUACUUUGUUGAUCUGGAUGUGAAGCCUCUGGAUAAGAUGACACAUUAUUUUAAAUUGGACCAAAAGAUCGUCAAUUUCUACACUAAGAGCGGGGAAAUCGGGCGAGUUCCUUGUGAUUCUCAGAAGGGGGUAGGCACCAGUGAUGACACAGCUGUUCAGCCACAACAUUGA